ACCCAAAGUAAUUCCUCCAUAUUGACUCAAACGAUUCCGACAAAAUGUCACGUGGUGAUUUUUCCCAUUUUGACGACAUUGACUGUGGCAAAAGUAUUAAGGACGAAGAACACUAUAAUGAGAAUUGCAGUUGCAAGAAAAAGAAAGUGAAGCGCAAUGGCCGCACUGUCUUUGUUUGGUACAGAAUCUGCUAUUGUGGAUAUCAUACAGAUAGAACAUCUGAGUAUAACAGAGCAGAAAUACCAGACAACCCACCGAAAGAUGGAAUAGACAUCCACUACAAUGAAAGCUGUUAUUAUAGAACUGAGAAACAUCGAGGCUGCAUCUGGAACUCCUAUAAAUUUGUUCUCUACUGUUACUGUCAAAGAAGGUCCGCACAAAAUGCACAACGAUGAAGACGGAUAAAUAUUCGCAGUACUGAGAAUGUAAAAUUUGUUAAUAAAUCUUUUUUGUACAUCCAA